AUCAGAUGAUCGUACGCACAGCAGAUCCAAGCUCUAAAGAUCCAAACAACCCAACUUUCGAAAACCCUAAAAAAAUUAUCAGAUUUUUCCUUCAUUAUUUGUCCUCCCCACUGUCGUUACCCAAACAGGCCAUCCGUUCGGAGACCUUUCUCAAUAUUUUUUUUUUUCACUCUAAAAGCAAUUAGUGAAGCUGAAAUCUGGCAAUGGCUGCUGCUCCGCUUCUGCUGAAAGGGAUUCCACGGCUGAGGAGUCUGAGACUCCAACAGCAAAGCGGCUCCUCCGUCUCUGGCUUCCUCAUUUCAGCGGGCAGACCGUCCGUUUGCACGGCCGCCGAGCUUUCUCAGUCUCUGUUGCAGUCUCAGUCUCAGUCUCUGUCUCACGACGAUGCAUUCCCCCGGAGUGCAAAAGAUGCUCUGCAGCGCUCUCGGAUGGACAGCCCCGACUACAGGAAGUGGAAAAAUAGAGAAGCCGAGAUACUCUGUGACAUCGAACCCAUUAUUUCGCUCACCAAAGAAAUUCUUCACUCCGACAGGUAUAUGGAUGGGGAGCGCUUGACAGCUGAGCAUGAGAAAGCUGUGGUGGAGAAGCUCCUUGCAUAUCACCCCCAUUCUGAAGAUAAAAUUGGCUGCGGCCUUGAUUCUAUCAUGGAAUCCUUUGGGUUUCUAAUGCAACAUCCAGAUGAUGGGUAAACAUGAUGACCAUCACUUUGAAGGGAUUGAAGGUGUUUAUGGGCUGUUCCGAAGAUGUGCUUCUCUGCUUGGAUGCUUGCUUGGGAAGCGACCACUUGUGUAUUGGUACUCUCUAUGAUGGGCACUAGGUGAUCAACAUUGUUCUGAUUGGAGAAUUCCUGACAAGGGCAUGCGAGCUUGUUAGUUAAACCCAUUUCAGAUCUGAUUUUUUCAUGAUCAAAUUUGUCUUUUGUAAACACAGACAUAUCUGUGAAACGAUGCGUACUCUGUUACUAGACAUGAGUGUCCUAAACACUACUGGGCUGAUGCAGUUCUUACUGCCAAAUGUAAAUUCAGCAGAAUGGUGUAAUCUUUGUUAACAAAGGUGCAAUCUUGCCUUUGAGAUCCUUGCUCAAUGUUUGCUGGGUACAUGGUUAAUUAAUGAUGAUAGAAUCUAUGGUAUAGUAUGAGCAAAAUAUGUUUCA